AUGGAGCAAACAGAAGACGACCCACCUCCUUUUUGGAUACAGAGCAAUGCUGCCCUCCGUCAGGCAGACCGUCAUCGGCGUAGACACAACCCGGCAUCGAGCUUAUUCCUCAAUACUGGUGUUCUGGUUGUGAUUCUGCUGGCUGCAGCUGUUGUAUUUUUAGCCAUAGUGAUCCCUUCUGUAUUGUCUCUUGCUCGCUCGGUCUUUAAUCCGAGCUUAGUGAAGAGCAGUUGGAACUCACUUAAUCUGAUUCUUGUCUUGUUUGCAAUUGUUUGUGGGUUCUUGGGAAGGAAGGAUGAUGAUCAAACACCAGUUAGCAGUCCUAUGAGACAAGAAUCUAGCAAGUCCGCAGAGUCAUCGACUCCACGCCGGUGGUAUGAAUAUCAAGACAGUAGGAUGGCACACAAUAGUUUUGGUAAUGCAGAUACUAUGAGAAGGUUAAGAAGGAACAGCAGCUCAUACCCGGAUCUUCGGCAAGAGGGACAAUGGAUGAUGAGCGAGAAUAGGUGGAGAUCAUAUGAUGAUACUCAUCUGUAUAAUCAUCAAUUUUCGAGAUCUGAGAGUCGUAUUAAUCGUAGUAAAUCUCUUGGAGUGGUGGAUGAAGAUGAGUUUGAUGUUAAAAACAUUGAGGUGGAUACAUUUGUAGGUGGUGCCAAACAGGAUAUAAAACCAUCGCCACCAACUCCGCCACCAUCAGCAACUGCUAGAAAAAAUGUUAAUGUUAGAUCCAAACAAGUGGUUAAUGAGGAUCAACAUGUCACCAAAAAUAUUGAGAUGGAUGCUCAAGUAAGUAAUGAACAACAGGUUCUCAAAUCUGAAUCAAAUCCACCACAUCCUGUCCAUUAUCCUAUUUCACCUUCGCCACCAAUGUCACCGCUAUCUCCAACAUCACCAACCUCAUAUUUCUGGCCACCACCAUCACCACCACCUCCUCCUCCUCCACCUCCACCACCCCUACGAGCACAUUCAUCAAUAUCAACUAAAAAGAAGCAUGAGAGUAAUCAAAACAAUUCAAUAAAAAAGAAACCCAAAGCAAAGGUUAAAAAGCAAAUGCCAUCACCAGCAUUUCUACCACAACCAUUGUCACCACCCUCACCAUUGUCACCAACCAAUGACUUUUGGCCACCACCAUCACCGCCUCCGCCCCCGCCUCCGCCACCCUCACGAACUGCAAUUCGAAGGCAGCAAUUGUCACCAACCAAUGACUUUUGGCCACCACCUUCACCGCCUCCGCCCCCACCUCCACCACCCUCACGAACUGCAAUUCCACAGCAGCAAUUGUCACCAACCAAUGACUUUUGGCCACCACCUUCACCGCCACCACCCCCACCUCCACCACCCUCACGAACCACAUACCGACGGCAACCAAUGUCACCACCCUCGCCAAUAUCACCAAACAAUUACUUCUGGCCACCUCCAUCACCGCCACCGCCGCCACCUCCACCUCCACCACUCCCACGGACUUAUUCAACAAUUUCAGCUAUAAAGAAGCAUGAAAAUAGGAGGAACAGCCAAGCAAAUAGGAGACAUAUAUCAAAGGUUCAAAUUCUAGAACAACCACCUCCACCCCCACCCCCACCACCGCCACCACUGAGACCAAUAAUAGGCCAAUUCUCUGAAGAUAUAAUAAGAGAUAAAAAGAAAGGGAUUGUGAUUAGGACCCUCAAUCGCCUUCCAAGAAGGAAAAGGAAGCAGGCAAGGAGAAGUUAUGAGAACCUAACAGAAAUCAUCCAACCUCCAAAGACAUCAAUUCAUCGUUCAAAGUCCACUCCUGAAUUCCCCCCACCAUCUCCUCCACCACCCCCACCUCCACCGCCUCCAUCACAUCCUUCCAUGUUCCAUAAUAUUUUCUCUAAAAAAGGAAAGACAAAGAGGCAAAUAUAUUCCACUUCAGUCCCUCCUCCUGCACCACCACCACCACCUGCUAGACCACUGCAACAACAAUAUCAGAGCCUUGAUUCUGCUAGACCAUUGCCUAAGACUAGAACUACACCAUCAACAACCAGAAGAACAGUCCCGCCAGCUAAAACAGAUAGCUUCAGCAGCAUAGAUAAAGACAUUGGUAAUGGCAGUGAGUCACCACUGAUCCCAAUACCGCCACCUCCUCCUCCGCCGCCAUUUAAGAUGUCAGCAUGGAGAUUUGUCACACAAGGGGGUUAUGUUAAGAUAGAGAGCAACAAUAACAGUCCGCGCAGUGGUUAUUCAGCAUCAGAAGAUGAUGACAGUUCCCCAAGCAAUAAACAAACUAGCAAUGUGUUUUGUCCAAGUCCAGAUGUAGAUACAAAAGCUGAUGAUUUUAUUGCUAGAUUCAGAGCCAAAUUGACACUUGACAAGAUGAAUUCAAUCAAGCGAAAUCACGGGACUGGUCCUUCACCACUGGGAUCAGAUUCAGGCCGAUCCUGA